AUGGAGAAAGACCGCAGUUGGAUGUACAAGAGCCACACAAACGGGCUGCUAACCACAGGGUACAAGGAGCAUGUGAAGGAGUUUGUCCGGUUUGCAUUACGGCAUCCGGCUUGUAUGAGUGGAGUACAGAUAAAAUGCCCCUGCCCUAAGAGAGGUUGUCAAAAUACAAACUAUCGAGAUGUCGAUGAUGUGGAAUUCCAUCUAUUGAAGAAUGGGUUUGUGAAAGGUUAUCAAGUAUGGGUUUUUCAUGGCGAGGGGAGCGUUUUGAAUCCCCCUCCCUUUGCACAGUUACCAGAGCAGGAUUUUGAGUUCGACUAUGAAAAUGAGGGGCCAGGUGAGUUUAGUUCCGCUCAAAGAAUGAUUCUUGAUGCUGCCGGUCCAGAAAUAACGUUUCCUGAAGAUGAGCUCCCGAAUUUUGAAGCUCAAAAAUUUUAUGAUAUGAUGCGUGCGGCUGAAGAAGACAUAUGGCCUGGGAAUAGCAGACACUCUCCAUUUUCUGCAUCUGCUAAAGUGAUGGAGAUCAAGUGUCGACAUAAGGGUUCAGUAGCUUUAGUUGACGACGUCUGCAGAUUGAUACAAGAGCUGCUCCCGGAGGACAACAAGAUGCCAACGAAUUUUGCUAAAAUUAAGAAGCUGGUCAAUGGUUUGGGGUUGCCAGUUGAGGUUAUUGACUGUUGUUUCUAUAACUGUAUGAUUUAUUGGGGGGAGGACGCGGAUCUAACGCACUGCAAAGUUUGUAAUUAUGCACGGUGGAAACCUGUGACCCACGGAAAAUCCGCAAAAAGAAAGGCUAACAUGCCAUAUAGUAAAAUGUUAUAUUUUCCAAUAACUCUGAGGCUACAUAGGUUGUACGCUUCGAAAGCCACUGCUCGGCAUAUGACGUGGCACGCAGACCACGAGAUGGAUGGUGAUAAGAUGUGCCACCCAUCCGAUUCUCCGGCUUGGAAACGUUUUAGUGAACUGCAUUCUGAGUUUGCCGAUGAAGGGAGAAAUAUCAGAUUAGGCUUAUGCUCCGAUGGGUUUCAGCCAUUUACCAAUUUUGGGCAGCAGUAUUCCUCGUGGCCGGUCAUUUUGACGCCGUACAAUCUCCCCCAGGCGGCUCUUAUAUGGACAAUAAAUGACUUUCCCGCUUAUUCUAUGUUGUCUGGUUGGAGCACUGCUGGUAGAAAAGCAUGCCUGUAUUGCAUGGAAAACACUGAUGCAUUCACACUGGAUAAAAGCGGUAAACAAUCGUGGUUUGAUUGCCAUCGCAAGUUUUUGCCUCCGAAUCACCAAUUCCGUCGAAAUGUUACUGAUUUUCGUAAGGGGAAACGAGAGAUCGGCAAAAGGUUUGCAGGGGUGAGAACUGGAGAUAAACUGUUAGCAGAGAUUCGUCGAUUGGGGUUUAAGAAGGCAUUUGAGCCUGGUGCGAAAGUUACUAAUGCAUUACUGUCAAAAGAUCAUGGGUGGAAUAAAAAAAGUAUCUUUUGGGAUUUGCCUUAUUGGAGAACGAAUAAAACAAAAGACCAUGCAAAAUCUCGUGAAGAGUUGAACGACAUCUGUGAUCGGCCAGGGUUAGCUAAAGAUCCGGCAACUGGGAGAUUUCCAAAGGCAAUGUAUGCUUUGGAUAGGGAUUCAAAACGAGUUUUGCUUGAGUGGAUUCAGAAAAUAAAGUUUCCAGACGGGUACGCGUCAAACUUGUCUAGAUGUGUUGAUCUAAAGGGGCUGAAAAUGCAUGGAAUGAAAAGUCAUGACUGCCAUGUUUUUAUGCAACGACUUCUACCAAUCGCCCUUCGGGAGCUACUUCCGAAAAACGUGUGGGAGCCUCUAACAGAGUUAAGUAUCUUCUUCAGGGAGUUAACUUCCACGUCACUGUCACUAGGAAGAUCUAAACCGUAUGGAAACUGA